GUUCUGUCGGGGUGGGGCUUCCGGCGCCGUUGGGUGGGCGUUUGUUGGCGUCGGGGCGGUUGUCUGUGGUCGGUGAGUUCUAGCUCGGCCGUUGGGACCGCGCGGGGAGGACCGCAAGGAGGAGACCCGUGCGCCUGUGUGACCGCGGGAGGGUCAGCUGAGCCCCGACCCAGCCCUCUCCCUCGCACGGCCCCAGCCUCCCCGCGGCCCGAUGGCGGCCUUGGUGACCCCGGCGCAGGUGUUGGUAACCUUCAAGGAUGUGGCCGUGACUUUUACCCAGGAGGAGUGGGGGCAACUUGACCUGGACCAGAGGACCCUGUAUCGGGAGGUGAUGCUGGAGACCUGUGGGCUCCUGGUGUCACUGGGGCAUCCAGUUCCCAAAGCAGAGCUGAUGCACCUGCUGGAGCCCGGGCCGAAGGUAUGGACAGUCACGAGGGGCCUCUCGCGGAGCACAUGUUCAGGUGACAGAGCAGAACCUCAGACCGGAGAGCCAAGCACUUCUCAGCUGAUUUUGUCCGAGGGAGCCUUGCUCCAGGGAAGCCUGACUCUGGGAUCUUCAAGGUGCUCCAGGUCGGGGCAGGCCAGGGAUCCAGGGGGAAUUCUGGAAGUGGAGAGGGAUCAGCUGAGGCCACAGACAGCCCCCCGCAAGGAGACCCACCUCAGGAAAAUGAGCCUUGGAAACGAGGGUCUGGGAACGGGUGCUAGUCUGCGCUCUGGGGCGUUAGAGGGGAGAGUCUCUCCGGGGGCUGUUCUCCACCAGCCUGACCCACCAGGACCGCCAAAAGGCCCCCUGGUUCCUCACGUCUACAAAUGCACGCAGUGCGGGAGAGGGUUUCGCAGGAAGUGGUACCUGGCUCGCCACCAGCGGGUUCACACGGGAAUGAAGCCCUACGAGUGCAGCGCGUGCGGGAAGGCCUUCAGCCAGAGCUCCACCCUGGUCCGCCACCACCUCACGCACAGCGGGGAGAAGCCCUUCCGCUGCGGGGACUGCGGCAAGGCCUUCAAACGCCGGUCCUACCUCGCCCAGCACCGGCCGGUGCACACCGGGGAGAAGCCCUAUGAGUGCAGUAAUUGUGGGAAAGUCUUCCUCUACAAAGGUAAACUUGUUGUGCACCAAAGAGUCCACACUGGAGAAAGACCCUUUGAGUGUAAGGAAUGUGGGAGAGCGUAUGCCCGCAAGGAUUCACUGGUUGAUCACCAAAAAAUCCACACUGGCGAAUAUCCUUAUAAGUGCAGUGAAUGCGGGAAGCUCUUCCCGUACAAAAAUAACCUUCUUGUGCACCAGAGGAUCCACACUGGAGAAAAGCCUUAUGGGUGUAGCAAAUGUGGAAAGUCCUACGUCUUAAAAAAAAGGCUUCUUUGUCACCAGAGAAUCCACACUGGAGAAAGGCCUUACAUAUGCAGUGAGUGUGGGAAAGCCUUUGUGUACAAAGGGAGUCUUGUUGCCCAUAAGAGAAUUCAUACUGGAGAGAGGGCUUACGGAUGUAACAAAUGUGAGAAGUUCUUUGUCACUAGCUCUGCUCGCAAUAGACACCAGAAUAUUCACGUUGCUAAAAGGCCUUAUGAGUGCAACAAAUGUGGGGAAGCUUUUAAGAAGAAAAUCAGAUUUGUUGAGCAUCAGAGAAUCCACACUGGAGAAGAGCCUUUUAGAUGCAGUGAGUGUGGGAAGACCUUCUGCUACAAAGCAAGCCUUGUUGUCCACCGGAGAACCCACACUGGAGAACGGCCUUACGUGUGCAGUAGAUGUGGGGCAGCCUUUCUCUACAGAAGGAGUCUUACUGUCCAUGAGGGCGCCGGUGACCUUCAAGGACGUCAUUGUGACCUUCACCCAGGAGGAGUGGGAAUUCCUGAACCUGGCUCAGAGGGCCCUGUACCGAAAGGUGACUCUGGACACGUGCAGGCUCCUGGUGUCCCUGGUGCAGGGGUUGGCCUGCGGCUCACCUGGGUGCCUCACAGCCACAAGACGCUGCGGCGGUAACUGGGGCAGCAGAGCCCCCGUUCACCUCAUCGCCCUCCCUUCUGCGGUGUCCUGUUCCUAAACCAGAACUGCCCUACCUGCUGGAUCCUGGGAAAAAGCUGAGGACAGUGAAGAGACGCCUUUCCCAAAGCACUUCCUCAGGUGACAGCGGAAGAAC